AUGGAAUAUAGGCUGCCUGAUCCCGAGAACUUCUUCACUCCAGAAUGGGAUUGGCCAUUCCUCAAGUUCCAGCUCGAUCCCAAAGAGCUGUUCACGACUCUUCACGAGCGCUUUAAUAUCCACAAACUGCCUCUACAGGACCCUAUGGCGUUCCACAAAGAUGUAUGCGAAUCUGUGAAUUACUCUGCAACCUUGGAGGAGUUUUAUUCUCAGAUGGAGGAGCGCAAAACCGAGCGAAUAAAAGAGCUGAAUGAAGCAUGGGAUGAUGUCUGCCUCUUAAUGACUACAGCCCCGUGGUUGCUAGCGUGCCAGCAGUGUUAUGAUCCCGACACCGGCGAUGAGAAUAUGGAUCCAGACACAUUGAAUGCUUCCAUGCUAGAAAAGUGGCAUCUCUUCAACUACUUCAGCCGCACACUGUCGUUUGACACUCUAAUAAGAUUUUUUGAUGGCUAUGUUCGGGAUUAUCGCAAGGAAGUGGAAGACCGCCGGCGCAGGGCCAAAGAAAGGCUGGAGAAUUGGAGGAAGAGGCAGGCGGAACUCAGACGCGCAGCGGCUGCUGCUGAGGCUACGGAAACGGUAUCCCAGAACGGUCCCGAGGAGGCGCACAACCAGCCAGAAUCACGCCACGACGCGUUAUCUUCGCAUACCCCCGACAACAAGUCACGACCCUCGUCGCCUUUGGGACAACAUGCCGCCGUAACGCAUGUUUCAACAACCGAGAGCUCGACAUCAAGAAAGAGAAGGGGAGAUGAAGAUAUACAGGGAAUCGAGCAGAAGAGGCGACGCGUGGCGAGUGAAAGCGCUGGAGGUGACGACGGCGCGGAGUGGUUUGCUGUCGGGCAUGAUGAAUCUGAAACCGAAGAGCCCACAUCGACGACGAAACAAGCCGAGAAACGCAAACGAGUAGACGAUUCCCCCGACGAGCAAAGGAACAAGCGGCCGAGAUCUUCAUCCGAUCGAGAAGAAGAUCCCGAAUACAUGCAGCAACCCCAAGACCAUCCACAUGAACACCUUUCUGAAGAUUCCGAUGAUGGGCAACCUCCAUUAUUCACGAUAGGCCACUUUUACGGAUUUAUAGAGGGCUCAGUCUCUCAGGAAAGUAUGGAAGAGCCUGCGAUCAAGGACACUACUCCUGAAACAGCGCAUGCAAAAAAUAACAAGAGGAAGUCUCGAACGCUCCACCGGCAACGAGUCGAAACAAGACGCUCACGUGAGGAACAUACAACAUCGCCGCCGCAGAAGCAACCACGUCAGAAGAAGCGCCAAGAGCGAAAAGUUUCGCGUUCUGUUGAGCAUCUUCUGCAGUCGAAGCGGUCCUCCAGGCGGAAUCCGGGUCAAAAACUGUUAUUUCUCGCUGAUGAUGCCACGGCUUGCGUAUCCAGUGAUACACGGGAGAUCUAACCGUGCUAACGUGGAUAACAUUGACUACAGGAUGACCAGUACAAAAGGCUACAUCACCAUAGGCUAGUUGACUGAAGGCAUACUCGUUAACCUGGCAGGGCUGGGGGCAGCGAGCAGCUUUCGGCUCGGCUAACAGCCCUCAGGCGGUUGAUACGUCUUUCGAGCAUGAUCGUUAAUCUGACAGGGUCGGAGGCAGCGAUGCAGCUCAAGAAUGUCUCAAUCGUACUGUGGCUGGUUCUAGAGACAUGGUCGUUAUCCUGGCAGGGCUGGGUGCAGCAGCGGCGGAGUCUCUAGAGGCCUUGGAAGCAUAUGCUUGGAUAUGCACCUGGCGUUCUCUCUUCCCUUUGACAUGUGGUGAGAUAGAUUGUGAGAGGUGAUUCAUCAAUUGAUACCCAGAGACGAAGUUAUGAAAUGUUUUUAGCGGGCAUAUAUUGUGUUUAGCGGGCCUUUU